AUGUUAAAAACAACACAUUUUGUUAGAUAUAACUCUACAAUUCAUAAGCAUGUCAUUACACAAGAUAGGUUUAAGGAGACUAUGAGAAAGAUGGCCACUCAAGUUAUGCUUCUUUCCAUUGCUAAUCCGAUAGGUUCUCCAAAAUCCGAGUUCAGAGGGUUAGUUGCAUCAUCUGUAACCUCUUUAUGUGUACUGCCUAAACCAAAGUUGGAAUUUAAUUUACAAUUACCGUCGUUUACUUCAAUAGCACUGCAUAAAUAUCAGUAUUUUGCAGUUCACAUCAUGUCACCGACCAAAGCUUCUGUGGAUAUGGGCAGAUUGUUCAGUAAAGGUGCAAUCACCUCUAAAAUGGAUGGUUCUAUUCAACCAAGCCAACCAUUUAUGGACUUAGAAGAGAACGUUACUUUUGAGAACUAUUCUAUCGAGAAUUCAAAUUUACAGAUACCAGUUCUGAAAAUGGCAGAGAAGACUUUGAUUUGUAAGAAGAGUGAUGUGUUUAAAACCGGUGAUCAUGAAAUAUGGGUAGGUGAGGUUGAAGAUAUUAUAGUGAACGAAGAGGAAGAAGCUCAAGGAGGUUUACUUUACUAUGAUAGGUUCUUUCAUAUGUUAGGCAAUAAAAUCCAAUGA